CGUAGUGUACCGGAUGUUCUUUCAUUUUAGCUGAGAAACGAAAAUGGGCAUGCUAAUUGUUAGCCUUGUGAAAGAGUGUGCAAUUAUACACCAUAAUUGUGUUUUCUGAUCUUGAAGGAGCUAGUUAAGCGUUCAACCAAAAACGUUAAGAAAGCAGUUGAAGUAUUCAGACACAACACAGAAGUUGUUGGGAUCGUCCACCCCUAACACAGUGAUGACCUCACAGCAGCAUUACCUCCCCAAUGCAAAUGUCAACCCUCCCCUCCUCGUCCCCCAGAACUCAUUAGCUCACCCGGGUAGGCCUCACAUUCAUCCAAACCAGCUGGACUCUACUCAGAGUAGUGCUGCGGGGCACCCUGCCUCCCACACAGGUCUGAUGGGCGCUGUGGGGUCCUCGUCGGUGGGGACCUCCAGCGGAGUGGCAGUGAAUAGGGGCUCGUUGGCCUCCUGCACUAACUCUGCCUCCUCAAGGAUGCCCUCGUCGGGACGCUUUGAACCCUGGCCCGAGGAAGCCGUAGACAAUGCUUACGGCUUGUACUCGCUGCACCGCAUGUUCGACAUAGUGGGAGCCCAGCUCACGCACCGCGACGUGCGAGUGCUCUCAUUCCUGUUCGUGGACGUUAUUGACGAGUAUGAGCGCGGUGGCAUCAGGAGUGGCCGGGACUUCCUGCUGGCUCUGGAGCGCCAGGGGCGAUGUGAUGAGACCAACUUCAGACACGUCCUGCAGCUGCUUCGCAUCAUCACACGGCACGACCUGCUGCCCUACGUCACACUCAGGAAGAGACAGACCGUGUGCCCAGACCCAGUGGAUAAGUACCUGGAAGAGACGUCGGUGCGUUAUGUGUCCCCCAGAAGAGGAGGAGAGAGCAGGGAGGCUGCACCCCACAGAAGGACAGGUCCCCAGCCAGUGAUCUGCUGUUCUCCAUCGGGGACCCAGGUGGGUCCUUCCCGCACCAAGCCAGGCCCCCCAUUACCCAGCCGCAAAAGAAAGAGGGCCUACGCCACAGGAGACUGCAGGGAAAAGCAAACCUGUGACAUCCGCCUACGAGUGCGCGCUGAGUACUGCCAGCAUGAAUCAGCGCUUCUGGGAAACAUUUUCUCCAACAAGCAGGAGGCUCUGGAGAGGCAGUUUGAGAGGUUCAACCAGGCAAACACUAUUCUCAAGUCCCGGGACUUGGGCUCCAUCAUCUGCGACAUCAAGUUCUCGGAGCUCACCUACCUAGAUGCUUUUUGGCGGGACUACAUCAAUGGCUCCCUGCUGGAGGCCCUGAAGGGCGUCUUCAUCACAGACUCACUCAAACAGGCGGUGGGCCAUGAGGCCAUCAAACUCCUGGUCAAUGUGGAUGAGGAGGACUAUCAGGCUGGCCGCCGCAAGCUGCUCCGGAACCUGGUCACUGGAGUGGGGGCAGGGUCUGCAGCUGAAGCCGCAGCCGCACUUGGAGGGAGCAGAGAGACUCCAUCCUAGAAACGCAUGCGUCUGCUGCUUUUAGCAGAGGGGGAACCCGUGUCCCAAAUAAGAGAACUUGACUUCAUGGUGAGGACAGGAGCAAGAAAAGUGAAAAGGCUGUUCUGUUUCAGGAAGAAGUGUGAGGGAGAAUGCUGGGUGCCCUGCCCUUUCAUCUAUGAAGGGAAUGUGAAAUAAAAGUGAGCCAAAGCAAGUGAGUCAAAGUAAGUGAGUCAGGAGAUGUGGAACACAGACCGAAGAGAAGUGCUUUGAAAGUUGAAGGGUUUUGUUCUUUCUGCUGGAGGGACAAUGCUAAUAUUUUCUAUUGUAACUUGUGAGUUGACUAUAAAAUCAGAUUUUACAUUUUCUUUUGGUAUCACACAUCUCUUUCCCAAAAAGUGUUCAUGAAAUGUCCUCUUGUAGACUAUUACUUCACAUGGCUAUAAACAGGCAAGUCACUGUUGGGACAUUUUGCAUUUCGUUUAUUGCCAGGCUAGGACAGAAUCCUUUUAAGCCAGAGACAUUACCAUCAUACAAUUAUUUGGUAGUAAAUAAGUCUUGAUUUUUCUCAAACUGCUGGUACCUUGUUGUCAAAUGAACAAAUAUUGUGAACCAAAUCAACAAGAAUGAUUCACAAUAUUUGUUCAUUUGACAAGGUACCAGCAUUUUGAGAAGGAAAAAAAGAUGAACCUUACCGAGAGGUGUCAGAAGUGCUUGAAAAUUGUUGCAACACAAACAUACAUUCAACAACAUAUAGAAUGCAGAUAUAUAUUUUUUUUAACAGGAAGUCAUGUUGAAGUCAUUUUGCUCCCUAAAUUCUGUAUCUGGGCAAUUCCACGGUAGCAGUAACGCUGAGACUCCGAUGUUUCAUUUUAAGAUGUAUGCCAAACAAAACCUAUGAUUGCAAAGUUAAACAAACCAUACAACUCUAUGCACAAUAACUUGUUUAAAAGAUUUCCACGGAACAUUGCAUAUGCAAAGUUUGGUAACCGAAUGACAGCACAAACCGUCAUUCUGUUACCAAACUUUGCAUCGGCACUGUUCUGUGUUUUUGUAACAUUUUCAGUAGGAAUUGUAAAAAUAGGCAUAGAGUUGUAAGGUUUGAUUAACUUUGCAAUCAUUGUUUUUUGUUUAACGUACAUUUAAAAAGUCUCAGUAGCCAUGUUUCCAUCAACUUGUCAAGUGAAUUAUAUAUAUUUUUUCUGUUGACAUUUACAAAGUUUGCAUAGAAAAUUGUUGCGACAAUUGACUGCUAUGGUGCGUUUCCAUUUAACUGUUGUGUGUUAUAAAAAAAAACAACUGCUGGGCGUAAUGACGGCACUUUAAAAAAAA